UGUUUUUCAGCCAUGCUUUCCAGUCACAUUCGCAGGCAGGAGCGGGAGCAGCGCUGGAGCUGCCGCCUGAGCCGCCGCGGGUGAUGGGCAGCGCCGGGGGCCGGGGGACCCGGUGCCAGGAGCAGGAGCCCGGUGUGCCCGGGCGGUGGUGACGCUGCCGCGCUCACUCCUCACCUCUGCCCUCGCCACCUCCUCUCCUGCGUGGCAGUGGCCUCCAGCGCUGGUCCGGGUCUGCUGCGGGCCCCGGAGCAGCGCGGUGCUGCCGGGGACCUGCAGCGGGUGAUGCAGCAGGAGCUGCCUGCACAGGGGUGCUGUGGGCUGCCGAGGGCAUGGCUGGCUCCCUGAGCCCAAAGUGACUGCAACUCACUCGAGGUCAGGACUACUUCCCGGAGGAUGCCCUGUGUGUCUCCAGUCACCCCUCUCCGGCCUCACCGCAGAGUAUUUGGAGUUGCUCGCUUGCCCCUGCCGCGGGGGGACAGAGGCACAGGCCUCCAGAGGGUUAAGAGCAUCUGCCUUUACGCCAAGUGUUGGAGCAGGAAAUAAUCUGCAGAGAUACAUGUGCAGCAAUUCAACUGCUGCUGCUCUCCAGGCUGCCGCGCUGCAGGUCGGUGUGUGAGGGAUGCCGUGCUGCUCACGGAAGAUGCUGUACUGGUGUGUCCGAGGCACCGGGCACAGCAGCAGAGCCCCGGUGGUCUGAGCUGGGGAAAUGUCUCCAUCCAAGAGGAAUUAUGUUGCCUUGCUGGGUCUGUCAGCUCACUGAGCCUGGGGAUGCUGCAACAUCAUGCAACGCUCUAUACUGGCUUUGAUAGUCCACCAGUGCCUGCAGAAGGUCUCCCUGGCCUAUCUGAGUCUCCUCCCCGGUGAGCAGUUCAGCUUGGUGCCAUCCACAAGAGCGGAGAGCUUUGGAAGGAGCCCACUGAAGGCAUGCUAGCAAGACCCUGAGUCACAGGCAGAGAAACUUUCCUAACUCAUCACCAUAUACUGGCCUCAGAUCCUCUCUGGAGCAGCUACCAGAGCGGCUGAACUUUGCUGUUCCCUGCUGUGCUGCCCAGUCUAGCUGGUACUGUGUGAGCAUGAGGUCCUCACCCUGGUCCUGCCCCUGGUGACGGGCUAUCCCUGCUUCAGCUGCAUCACCACACACCAGAUGUGCAGGAGGCUGCGAAGAGCUGCGCUCCGUGAGCAAAGGUGCCCUUUUAUAAGAAAAAACAAAUGUGAACAAAAGACUUUAUGUUCCAGUGUUAUGUAUACAAACCCAAGCCCUGGAUCUGGAGCAUGUUUGAUGAUGCAUACUGUCCGCUGGUGCAGAGGCCAAACUUUAGACCAGUUCUUGAAAAGGCGACCAGACAGGGAAAGCAUCAAUUACCAGUAGAUUGACAGCCAAUGCACCUUGGGCACUAAUGUCUGCAGUCCCAGCCCUGCCACGGAAUCAGGCAGCCCCAGAUCAACACAAAUGAAAUAAAGUUAUGGGAAGUUGUGAGGACUCUCCCUUAGUUGAACCAUAACCAACAGAAUCACAUGAAAACAAAAUGAUCAGAAUGGUAGAUCUGGAAACAAGCUGGAGAUUGCAAAGUCUCGUUUCCCUUGAGGUUGCUGGUCAGUGGUCAUCUUCCACCACACUCAAGGAAACUAGAAGAGCUCUGCACUAGCUUCUGAGGUUUGCCUCACCAUGGAAGAUCAUACGAUUUUCUGGCUCAGGUUUUAUGAAGUUCAGUGUCUGCCUUGGACCUACAAUUUGGAAAAGGGAUCACCUCUGAGGCACUGUUGAGAGACACAAAAACCCAUCCCAGACAAUGAGCACUUUAAGUAGUCCUGGAAUAUUACUCAGCUUAACGACAGUGUCUGUUACCUUGGAUUUUAGUUUGCAUGGUGGUCUCAUGGCUUGGUCCUUAAGCAGCAAUUUGACUCUGAAUCAGAGUUUGCCUACAUCUGAUCCUCUUAAUGCCUCUGAAAAGAGCGAAGUCUCUCGGAUGUCUGUGAGGGAGAAGAACUGGCCAGCCCUCCUGAUCUUGGUUGUCAUCCUGCUCACCAUUGGGGGGAACAUAUUGGUAAUUAUGGCUGUAUCCUUGGAGAAGAAGUUGCAGAAUGCCACAAACUUCUUUCUGAUGUCCUUGGCAGUGGCAGACAUGCUGGUGGGUAUCCUGGUCAUGCCCGUGUCGCUCAUUACAGUUCUGUAUGAUUAUGCUUGGCCUUUGCCUAAACAGUUGUGCCCUAUAUGGAUUUCCCUAGAUGUGCUCUUUUCAACUGCAUCUAUUAUGCAUCUCUGUGCCAUCUCUCUUGAUCGGUAUGUAGCAAUACGCAAUCCCAUUGAGCACAGCCGCUUCAAUUCCCGCACCAAGGCUAUUAUGAAAAUUGCUGCAGUUUGGACCAUAUCCAUAGGGAUAUCUAUGCCCAUUCCAGUCAUUGGUUUGCAGGAUGACUCCAGAGUGUUUGUAAAUGGGACCUGUGUCCUCAAUGAUGAGAACUUCGUCCUCAUUGGAUCCUUCAUGGCGUUCUUCAUCCCUCUCAUCAUCAUGGUGAUCACGUAUUGCCUGACUGUCCAGGUGCUGCAGAGACAGGCAACGGUGUUCAUGUGUGGAGAGGUGCCCAAGCAGAGGAGGAGCAGCGUAAACUGCCUCAAGAAGGAAAACAACGCAGAGAACAUUUCAAUGCUUCACAAUCACGAGGGGGCAUCUCACUUGAACUCUCCUGUAAGUAAGGAGGCAGUGCUCUUUCGGAAAGGAACUAUGCAGUCCAUCAACAAUGAGCGAAGAGCCUCCAAGGUCCUGGGCAUCGUCUUCUUUUUGUUCCUUAUCAUGUGGUGCCCAUUUUUCAUCACUAAUGUCAUGUCUGUCCUUUGCAAGGAAGCCUGCGAUAGAGACCUCUUGAGUGAACUCCUUGAUGUGUUUGUUUGGGUGGGGUAUGUUUGCUCUGGGGUCAACCCCCUCGUAUACACACUCUUCAACAAAACGUACCGCAGGGCUUUUUCCAAUUACAUCCGCUGCCUAUACAAGACCAGCAAAAAAUCAGCCCUGCGGCAGAAUCAGUGUCUGAAUGUGGCUUCAACAGCUUUAUAUGGGAAAGAUCUGACUUUAACUAGUUAUCGAAAUGGCAAUGAACUCAAUAGCAUGGUACUAGAUGAAGCUGAGGAGGGCCUUGAAAUGCAACCAGGGACUUCAGAGCUCUCCAUAAACAGCUGUAAUGUUAUAAGUGAAAGAGUGAGCUGUGUGUAAAGGUGGCUCACACAGCCUUUUGCUGCGGGUUAUCGUAGCCAAAAUAUAUUGUAUAAAAAUGUAAGUGUUGGUCAAAGGACCAUGUAAAUAUUGCAUUCUGAACAAAGCUUUUUUUUUUUUUUUAAGAAAAAGAAGGAGUUGUCUUUCCAGUCCAGUACUUAAAAUCAUAUAUAUUAGUAUAUAUGCAGUGAAGUUUAAGGUUCUAUAUUUACUGUUAAUACUAGAUCAGAACUAUUAGUUACUUUGCAUAUGUCAUGGACAAAAUGUUUGAAUUCUUCUUCCAGUGCAUGAACAAAAAUGCUGAAUAUUUAUCUCAGGUGGCAUUUGCUGGAGUCCAGAAUGGCACGUUAAUAGUUAUAUAUCAAAUACAUGCUAUUAGACUUGGUCAGUAUAACUUUCUUUUUCAAGUUGACAGUAAAUAUAUACUUUAAAUCCUCACCCCUAUUUGUGCCGUGUAAAGACUGUACAGAAACUUGACAGAGAGACAUCGUGGAAGCAUAGGGGCUGUGCAGGCACCUGGCCAGACUUGUCCUGUUACGGGUAGUGGCUUGCUGCCAUACUGGGGCAGUCUUGCCCUGCAAGGGACGUCUGUUGAAUUUUGACACCCCCUCCAAUCCUGCUGUUUUCUUUCUGUUCCCCAGGAGGCUCCAGCUCCCCUAAGGAACGUGGGGAAUGAAGUUCUGGUGUGGGUUUGUGAUCCUGACUGGGAUCACUUGCACACUUGGAGAAGCAGCAUGAGAAACAGAGCAAACCCCAGCUAUAUGCUUCAAGCAUUUCAUAGAUGGAGGGCCUUAGAUUUAUAAAAAGCCCUCCUUUGGUCUUAUAGCUAAUCAUCAGCUCUGGGAUAGAGCAAGAUGUGCUCGGUGUGGAUGGCACAGAUUGCUUGGAUGAUCAGGGUCUUUGGUUGACCUGGAGAAGAGUGCUCUGGCUUUGUAAGAGCUCUUGUCUUCUUGGUCCUCACAUCCAUUUAUUCCGUAGCUUGUUUAGCAUUUGCUUUUAUUUUUCAGUAUCCUGGGUCUCACAGUGCUGGUGGUAAAACACUGCCUUGGGUGUAGAGCAGAAGCUGCUGCACAUGUGGAGCUGGUCGGGGUCGGGCUGUGAGGUGCAGGAUGUGAGGUGCAGCCUCCCUGGGGGAUGCCGGCAGAGAGGCAUGAAUGAGGGCCCCUGCUCAUUUCUCCUGUCUCAGCAGGGGCUGGGUAGAGCUGGGCAGAGUAUGUGACUGGAAUAAUUUACUGGUGACAUGGUUCACAAGCGAAUGAUGCCCAGGAACAGGAAGGAAGCAGACCUGGAGCCAGUCUACAUGGAAGAUUACUCUGGAUUAACUUCUAGAUUUUAUUUAUUCCAUUUGACUCCCAAAGUAAAUUAUAGUAGAUCAUAUUAACUACUUACAUCUUAAUGAAAGCAUCCACGUUGGGAUUUAAUGCUUUUAAUUCACAUGACGUAUAAUUUGAAUUAAUUUUACCUUGUAUUCCUGUGUAGAAAACCCUCCCAAGGCAUUGUGUCCUUCUGGCAGUGUGCCUCUGGGAUAAUGCCUCUCAUGCAAUUUUCCCUGUGUAGAGUGUUGCCUAAUGCCAACCCAUAAGUUUUUUAUAUCUCUGUUAACUAAUACACCAAUGCUGCAGUGCUCGUCUAACAUAGAUGCCUUUAGCAUCACUGACAGCCUCUGACUAUGAAAAUCCUUGCAAAAGAAAAGCUUACGCUAGGCAUGGAGGAAUUGCAUUUUACUCACAUGAACUCCUUGUACCCCACGUUUGCUGUGUUCAUCCCACCAAAAUUAACUUGUAAAAGAAAUGGAAAAUUCUGCCAGUGCUUUAGCAUAACAUUGUGCUAAUGCAUUGCUGUGUACAGCAACGACCUCGCUGAGGCAACUGCUGCAACACAACUGUCAGGUUACAUCUGCUGCUGAAUAUGUUGCUAAUCCUCUCUUCUCCCUCAACUCUUCCUGGGAAAAAUCCAUAGUACUUCCAUGAAGACAGGUGAGGUAUCCCAGUGCAAAGCUUACUGCUUGCAGAAGGCAGCAGAGAUGCACCAUGUGCCAGUCUGCUGAUGCUGCCAUGGGCUUGAAUGCUCGGGAAUCCACUUGCCUCUCCAGAAAGGUCUGGUAACCUGUAGGAAAAGGACCUGCCAGAGACACAGACUUGUGCCGUCAGUGACUGCCCUUUGCUCUGAGUCAGGUUUGAUGAUCUCAAACAGCACAGAAAAAAUCAGAAAGAUCACAUUGCUUUUUACGUUCUUUUUUUUCCUUGGGUGAACUCAGAGCACAUCUUUUCCAAACAUGUAUAUGUGUGUGUGUAUAUAUAUGUGUGUGUACGUAUAUAUACACAUAUAUAUAUUUAAAAGACAACCACAGAUUUUGAAAGCAUUUAGCAAUAAGUUGAAUUACAGUCGCUUCUAGCGCGUGUGUGAAUAGGUCAUGUGUGAAUAGCUCAUUUUCCAUAGCUUCCUCAAACUUGGUAUAAGUAAGUCCACACACAGCCAUUGUGUUCGCAUAGGAGCCUUCAUGUCUGCCCUUGCCAGUUCUGUUGUAUGGGGAAAAAGGGAACCUGCUAUAUUUGGAUGUAAAUACUGGGAACUGAACAGAGAAUUUACAGAAUUUUUAUAAAUGUUUUUAAAAACUCAGCACCAGAAGUGUAAAUUUGUCAACCCAUUCUGAUGUCCAUCACUUGUUCAGAUCCACAGCCAAGGGGACUGCCUUAUAGCGCCUGCGCCCGCUCCCAGCCAGUGGGUGACAACAUUUGGUGAAUGGUUAAACACUGUCACUCACCCAGCUUCCUUUGGGUCAUUCACAUCAGGGUUUUGUGAUGCUGCUAUUAAUUUAUUAAAGAAAGUUUGUUGGUUUAAUCACU